ACGAAAAACAGAAAAAUUAAGAAUAUAGGUAUAUGUUUUCUAGCCAAUGGGCUCUCGUUGCCUUCUUCCCAGGAGGCCUGUAAGAUCGUAGUAUAACGUCAACCAAACAUCUCUCCUGUCUCUCUCCAAACCUCUGUCUGUUUCAAACUCUCUCUCUCUCUGUCUCUCUGUCUCUCUACAUUCUUGAUGAAAAUGGAUUAAAUUAUAAUACAAUUUCUUUUCGUUAGUCCCUUGGCCUACAAGUUUCCAACUUGAGAUUAAGCAUCAAUCAAACCUUUUUAUUGCUUUUAGCUGUGCAUAACAUAAACACCUCUCCAAUCAAGACAACCUUUCUCUAUGCAUAGUAUUCAACAAACUUUCCUUGUUACCUGUCUGAAUUAAUUCUUGAUUCUCCACUUUUUUCUUCAAAGGCUGAAAUGGGAGAGAUUUCUGGUGAGAAAACGGGCUGUGGCUUUCUCAGAGCAGUUUUCGGGCGCAGAGGUACACGGCCGAGAAGAUCAUCCUCCACGGGAUCUCUUCCGCAGACCAAUUUGAAUAACAAUAAUGUGACCCGAUUUCCAAGCACCCCGGGCUCCAGAACCCGGAAAGAUGCCUUUGCGGACUCACCCAAUGCUAAAAAGGACCAGAAACAGGCCGACAGGAUCAUCGAACGGCCCGGCCAAACCUACUCAAGGAAUGUUUAUAAGCCUCAGCAGCAUCAGGGCCUGAACAAGAAUGAAACAGCUCGGGCUGGAAGCCAACAGGGCUACGUCCCGGCCCGAAAGGGGCCUCCUCCAGGGCCUGGAAUCUCGGGCGAGCUCGAAAGCGUGAUUAUGGAUUACCAGAAGAUGAAAGGGGCAGGUUCUCUAAUCAGGGCAUCGUCCAGCAACGUAAUGUUGUUUGGCAAUUUGGGGAACUUGAGACAGCCCAGAAACAAUAAUAGCAGCAAUGCGGGCUCAAACAAUGUUCUUGAUUACACUCCUAGUUCCGCCAAGGAUGAGCCUGUCCCGGCCAAUGGCAAAUACUCCACCAGCGUAAUAGGGAAUGUGGUCAAGAAAAACGAACACGGGCCUGAAAAGCCCGUUUCCCUCUGCCGGGCCUUGUCCACUAGAAUGGACCCCGAGGAACUGAAAAUUCUUGGAAACGAAGACUACAAAAACGGGCGAUUUGCAGAAGCGGUGGCCCUUUACGACGCAGCGAUUUCCAUUGACCCGAAUAAGGCUUCUUAUAGAAGCAACAAGAGUGCAGCGCUCGUUGCACUCGGCAAGCUUCUUGAGGCAGCAUUUGAGUGUCGUGAAGCCAUUCGUAUCGAGCCGUGUUACCAACGAGCUCACAAUCGAUUAGCAACCCUUUAUGUCAGGUUAGGAGAGGCUGACAAGGCCGUGUACCAUUUCAAACAGUCCGGGCCGGAAGCCGAUCCUGAUGCUAUGAACAAGGCUAAGACAGUUCAGAUUCAUUUAAACAAGUGUACUGAUUCAAAGAGACAGGGGGAUUGGAACGGUGUCUUGAGAGAGACCAGUUUGUCUAUAGAAGCCGGUGCUGAUUCUGCGCCGUUGAUAUUUGGUCUGAAAGCUGAGGCCUUGUUGAAGCUCAAUAGGCGUGAAGAAGCAAUCCAAACCAUGCAGAACUGCCCCAAUUUCGACAUUGAUGAUUGUACAAAGCUCUACGGGCCUAUUGGAAGUGCAAGCAUCUUAGUGUAUCGUGCUCAAUUUAACCUCGUCACGGGGAGGUUCGACGAUGCUGUGGCAGCAGCUCAACGAGCAACUAAGCUUGAUCCAAAUAACAUGGAAGCAACAGCGAUGUUAAGGAGGUCAAAGGCUGUAGCAUCAGCGAGAGCAAAUGGCAAUGAGCUGUUCAAGGUUGCAAGAUAUUCCGAGGCAAGUAUUGCAUAUGGUGAAGGGCUUAGCUACGACCCCUAUAACGCGGUCUUGUUGUGCAACAGAGCUGCCUGCAAGUCAAAACUCGGCCAAUACCAGAAAGCUUUAGACGAUUGCAAUGCUGCGCUUAAUGUCCGUUCGAAUUAUAGUAAGGCUAUAUUAAGACGGGCCGAUUGUUAUGCCAAGAUGGAGAAAUGGGGUGCAUGUGUUCAAGACUGUGAAGUAUUGUUGCGAGAAAAUCCAGAUGACGAAGAGGUACAGAAGUUAUUGAAGGAGGCGAAGAUGAACCUUCAGAAACACGGAGGAAACUUAGACACAAAUGUGGGCAAUAGCCCUAGUACCAGCAUUGUUGUUGUGUCGAGCAUCGAACGUUUCAGAGACUAUGUAACAUCUCCUGGUACAUCUAUGGUUUUGUUCUGUAAGAAGGCAGGGGAUAGGAAAACCAUGCAGCUCAUACAGCAACUCAACCAGAGAUAUCCAUCGAUCAACUUCCUUAAGGUGGAGGUGGACGACCACCCUUCAUUAGCCAAGUCCGAAGGGGUGAACUCAUUUCCGACUUUCAUAAUAUACACCAAUGGAUUGCGGGCAAAAGAAGUCCGGGGAGACAACUAUGUUUUGUUAGAGAAAUCGAUCAAAUAUUAUGUCAACUCAUGAUCAAGUUGAUAUAAUGUGUAAUGAAAUGGAAUCGAUCUCUUUCCUGGUUCUUGCAGGGAAAUGAUAUAGCCUGAGGUGAGUUCAGUUACGGCCAGACAAACUACAUGGCAAGUGAAUAACAUUUGUUCUAAGAUUGGUUGGUUUGAUCGGACCUGAUUAUUCGGGUGAAAGUUUUUCAGUCCAUGCAUUUGUUACUUGGCUAGUGGCUAGCCCGAGUACGAAUCACUUUGUAUUAGAAAUUAGUGUUUGUGUACAGUUGUAAUGUAGAAAGAAAUGCUCUUUUAAUACAAAAAGAAGCAUAGGAUUCAGUUUAAGACAGGGAAAAUUGGUUUUGAAUGAAUGAGAAAGACCAAGAUUGUCUUUUUUUUUUUAAUUUUCUUUUUCUAAUUAUUACAUUUUUAGAACGUGUGUUGUAAAUUAUUUUGAAUAUUAUUAGAAGUUUCUCUUCCCUCCAA